AUGUGUGGUCGCAAGGCAAAGUCUGAGGUUAGAAGGAAUAUUCGUGAUCUCUGUGAUGAAUUAAUUAGUGUUCAUGGCCCAGAACUAGAAAGACAAGAGGAAAAUAUUGCUUUGCUGAUGUCUGCUGCGACUGGUGCUAAAGAAAACCUAAUUGAACAAUUGCGAGGCGCCCACGAGUCUCUAAAUGAGCAGAUAUCUGGUCUCCACUUAAGAAGCUUGGAAACAUUGAAGAAAAUGGAGGAUACCUCUCACCCCAGCUUGAAUACUCAAAUUGAAGAAGUUGAGACUCUGAUUGGAAGGAUUAGAGCAUGCAUCUCGGAGUCGGCUACAAUUCUGGCGAAAAAAGAUUUGGAUGCUCUACUCAAUUUGGAUGGUGAAAUUAAUCGUCUCCAGAAGGACAUAAACGACUUUCAAGAGAAUCAGAAAGCAUUGAAUACUAGUCAAGAGGACUCAUCGUUUAAGAACCUUCGAAUCAACCCAGCGUACAAAUGGGUCGCUAGUGUUAUUGAGGAGACAGAGAUGUUGCGCAAAACGACCAGUGGUUGA